CUGAGUAUGCUAUCACGUCGAAAAAAGAAAAAUAAACAGCUCGAAGACAUGUUUGACAAGGGUAAAAGUGAUUCGGAUUCGUACGAGGAGUUUGAAUAUCUUCGCAACGAAGUCCGCGAGGGAAAAACUUCCACUCCGGUUGGUACCAGCAGCAGUGGCAGCUUCAGUCCCAGCUCGAUUGGGAGCCCAUGUCCCGGAAGUGUCGUGGGAGUUGCAAUGAAGAUUAUUGGCGAGGGCAGCGCUGCUGGUGGUGGUGUAAGUUCAAGUGUAACGUAUAGCAAGUGUGAAAAGUUAAACAAUGGAAAACAGCAGCACCAACAAUCGGUGGUAACAAUGGGAACCAAAGUGGGAGUAAGCAACGGUACCUUUGCUUCCGGGGGUAGUCUGCGAAGCCACUGUUCGGAGAAGCUGAAAUUGAGCUCGGAGAAUGGCAAACAAGCACCGGCGAUGGAUGAUGAUCCGGACGAGAUCGACGGCUACUGCCCGGUGGAGGUGUUGAAAAGUGAAGUGAAUGGAGAACAGAAAACCGAUAUGAGCAUUAUAAGGUAG